AAGGGCGCAUUUGGUGACUGGAUGAUUCAGAACAGACGGUUAAGACAUAAACGCACUUCUCGGUGUCUUUGAACGCCAGAUUGACUGCUCUGCAUUGCUCUCUUGUUUACCCAGGAGUCAGGACUAACAAGUAUAAAAGUUACUGAGUCAAUCUGAUCUGAGUGAAAUAGAUGGAAAAGAACAUGGAUCAGUUUCCUGUACAGAAUCAACCGCGUAGAAACAGCAUUACAGAGCCUCCUUUCAUGAGUACUGAAGAUACAUCAUUGAGAGCGAUCAUACUUGGAAGCUCUGGUCAUCAGCAGUUCUCUCUCACCGAGUCGAUCCUGCAGAGCGUGGUCUUUGACGGCGCUGAUCCUCACACUAUACUCACUACUAAAACUUCUGGAAGCCUCUUUGGGAGAAAUGUGACUCUGGUCAACACUCCAAAUCUUGACAAUUACAAGUUUAAAGAGGAACUGAAGAAGGCGGUUUGGUUCUCCUGUCCAGGGCCACACGCCGUCCUGUUUACUGUAAAUCCGUUAGACAUGCCGCCAAACGCGUACGAAAUUUUCAAACCGGUAGUGGAGUACUUUGGAGAGCAAAUCUUGGACAACACAAUGAUUGUUUUAUACCAUGAGGAAGAGCAGUGGAGGCAGUCGUUAGAGGACAAAGUGAUGAAGAAUCGUGACUUUAGAGAGCUUCUAGACCAGUGUCAUCGAAGGUGCCUAGUCUUCAACGGAAGAAGGAAAGAGAGUAGCAUGGCAAAAGAAUUGUUGGACAAAAUAGACGAGAUGGUGGCAAAGCAUGGUGUUUUUUCAAACCUGGAAUAUAAAGACGUGGCUCAACAAUUCACACAUCAGGAAAUAAUCGUGGAAAAUCAAGAGAAAGAAGGAGGUCGGUGCAGUGCUAGAGGAACCGGAGAAGAAGCUUUCUCAGGAUGAAUGUGAAAAUAAGGCCUUCAUUAGCAUUAAAGUCUCUUAAAUUCACGUUUCAGAGGUCUUACAAACACAACCGACCCGACACGUAAACAAGAUUUAGAUGUUAUUUUCUCUCGUCGCUGUUUGAGAUGGUAAACCUGUGUGUGUGUGUGUGUGUGUGUGUGUGUGUGUGUGUGUGUCUGUCUGUCUGUCUGUCUCACAUCCGUGUUUUAGAGCGGCUCGGUUCACAGGAAACGCUCCAAACCAGCUUCAUCUCAGUCUGAGUUGUGAGUUUGAGUCGCUCAUACGUGCGUUUAGACCCGACACGCGUCAGGUUCACUUUGGGUUUACGUUAGAGUCAUCUCAAACACUCCUGUGGGACGAGGUUUACAGAAUUUCACCUGAUCUGUAAUGAGAAGUUAAUUUAA